GUGUCGGACGUCAGUGCGUUCGUGCUGUUCGGACGCUCAGUUCUUGUCGUCGUCGACGCCGUGUCCGUCCGUCGUAUUCGCAGUGCCGCCGGUCCGGCGCGCGGUUACCGUAACUCGUCGAAUUGUUCCCGGUCACAUUGGUGACCGAACGUGUUCGUACCCGGUCCGUGCACGUAUAUUAUAAUCAUUUCAGCUUCCUCGAUAUCGUGCGCUACUUACGCGUCGUCAUGCGAAAUCCGUCCUCGCCGUAGCAGUGCGUCACCGCAGCGCUUACGCGGACGAUGAACUGCCGAUGGCCACCUCGACCACCAACAUCGCCGACCGCCACGGUCGGUAUCACGGACUACCGGCAUCGCCGACGGCGGUCACCUAUUUGCAACAGCAGCAGCACCCGUACAAGCCGGUCGCCUACAAGAAACUCCGCGGCAGCACGUCCGGCGGCACCAAGAAGAAGUUGCCGGGAAACCGAAGACGGCGCGUGACGCACGUGUUGGCCGGCAUCGUCUUGGGACUGUUGGUCGGCUACGCGUUCGGCGGCGGGUCCUACGACCGGCUCCGCUUGUACGCCGGCUGCGGUGGUGGCCACGGCGGCGGCGGCGGCGGCGGUGGUGUCUUCGGCCGAUCGGUUCUACGGCCGUUGCGACCGCCCGCGCCAACCGACACUUUGAACGACAUCGUCAUCGACAACGGCCGAACGAAACCGACGUCCGCGGCCGCGGACCCGGCCGAGUCGCUGCUCUUCGUUGGCGUGAUGACAGCCAACCGGUACCUGGGCACCAGAGCGGCCGCGGUGCACAACACAUGGGCGCGUCGCGUGCCCGGCCGCGUCGUGUUCUACAGCUCGGAGACGUCGGUGCGGCCGCCCGGCGCGGCCGACCUGCCGCUGGUCCGGUUGCCGACGGUGGACGACUCGUACCCGCCGCAGAAGAAAUCGUUCCUGAUGCUGCAGCAUAUGUGGGACAAUUACGGCGGUACGUACGAGUGGUUCAUGAGGGCGGACGACGACGUGUACGUGCGCACGGACCGGCUGGCCGCGCUGCUCCGGUCCGUGGACAGCCGCAAGCCGGUGUUCAUCGGACAGGCCGGCCGCGGCAAUCAGGAGGAGUUCGGGCUACUCAGCCUCGAGUACGACGAGAACUUCUGCAUGGGCGGACCGGGCGUGAUCAUGAGCCGCGAGACGCUGUCCCGCGUGGUACCGCACAUCAAGCACUGCCUGAAGAACCUGUUCACCACGCACGAGGACGUCGAAUUGGGCAGGUGCGUGCAAAAGUACGCGGGUGUAUCGUGCACGUGGUCUUACGAGAUGCAAACCAUUUUUUAUCACAAUUCCAGCCACCACGAAUCAUACACUGGUAACUUGAAGCAGAAGGAAGUCCAUCGAGCUAUAACUCUUCAUCCUGUUAAACAGCACAGUCACAUGUAUAGGAUACACAACUAUAUGAAGAGUCUUGAGCUGCAGGACAUACAGCAGAAGAAAAUAUUGCUGCACCGAGAUGUACGAUCUAUGAUCGAUCAGCUAAAUAUCAUCGAACAUCGUGUUAACCCGCGACCGGCCAUAGAAUUUAAACUGACCGAAAAAUCAAAACUAUUCAGUGCUAAACCGGGCAAUCCAAAUUACUUGGGUGAUCCAGAUCUGAUUGGAUUGCCACCCGGCCUAAACAAGUAUAGGCCGCGUAAAGUGGUGGACGUCAUCAAAUGGGAUUUCAUAUCGAAAGCUUGGUUCUCGGAUACAGACGCGAAUCCUAGGCGACGGAUCGAUUCUUACUCGAAAGAAGGACUUGAUGACGUCGUGCGAGAGGUAAUGGAUCUGAUAAACAAAUUUUCUAAACAACGCGGUAGAGUGAUCGACUUCAAGGAAAUAUUUUACGGUUAUCACAGAGUGAAUCCGUUGUUUGGCGUCGACUACAUGCUGGAUAUGUUGCUCAUGUAUAAAAAGUACAGGGGCAAGAAAAUGACUGUUCCUGUGCGGCGACACGCGUACCUCCAACAACAGUUUACUGGAUUCGAAGUGCGCGAAGUAUCAGAUGGAUCCGAAGUGAAAUGGAAACAUCCGGCAGACGAGGCGUACGAGUCAGCGGGUGAUGACGCGGCGGCGGGACCAUUCCAGGACAUGGCGGACAACGGGAUGAUAGGUGUGGAAGGACGGCCGGCGAGACGUGGCGACGAGGCGGCGCAAUCGAAGACGGUGCACAUGGUGCUGCCGCUGUUCAACCGACUGGCCACGUUCGACCGGUUCGUCGAGAACUACGAAACGGUGUGCUUGGCCAACGGCGACGAUCGCGUCACGCUGACGGUGGUGCCGUACGGCCGGGAAACGUGGGAACGGGCCACGGCCGCCGCGGCCAAUCUCGCGGCCCGGUACCCGGGGGUAGCGCGCGUCACGGUGCUACCGGAACGGGACGGGCCGUUCGCGCGGGCGCAGGCGCUGCAAGCGGGCGCGGAUAGCGCGCCGGGGCCGCCGCCGGACGACCUGCUGUUCUUCGUGGACGUGGACAUGCUGUGGACCGCGGCGUUGGUGGACCGGGUGCGGUCGAACACGGUGCGCGGCCGGUCCGCGUACUUCCCGAUCGUGUACAGCGAGUAUGACCCGGUAGUGGUGUACGGCCGGAACGUGUCGCCCAACCACUUCCUGGUGAACCAGGACACCGGUUACUGGCGGCAGUAUGGGUUUGGCGUGGUCAGCGUGUACAAGACAGACCUGCAGGCCGCGGGUGGCUUCGACACGUCCAUCCGGGGCUGGGGCAACGAGGACGUGGACCUGUUCGAGAAGUUCGUGCGCGCCCGGCCCGCGGACGUGUUCCGCGCCGCCGACCCGGACCUGGUGCACGUUUACCACCAGGUCGAGUGCGACCCUGGGUUGCCCGAGCCCAAGGCGCGCAUGUGCGACAACACGCGUUUCGAGACGUACGGCAACGUGGACCAGUUCGCCAACAUCAUCUACCGGAACCGGGAACGGCUGUACGAGUUCGCGGCGAGACGCGCGAAUGGCUCACGCAGGGCUGUCGCCGCUGGCCCUGCGCCGCCCGUCAGAUGACUCCGUCCGCCUCGCUCGUAACGCGUUGCCCGUUCAACUCCUCCCCUCCCGUCAUCGAUUUCCAUUGCAUCGUAGCUCAACCGAUAACGGCGAUUCGUGAUCUCAACUCGAUCAAGAAAAUUAGGUUUUUUUUUCUUCUUUUUGUAUACAAUUUUUAUCGUGAUGUGAUAAUAUAAACCCUUAAUAUAUAUAUAUAUAUAUAUACGUAAAAUAUGAUUGAUGUUUGUAUUUUUUAAUUACGCUAUUAUUACGACUGAAAAAUGUU